CUAUAUUCCUCAGUCUACAGCUGGGAAGCAAAGGAAACACAUCGUAACUCCAAAAAAAAAUUAUAAAAAAAAAUAAAUAAAAACUGAAAAACGUGAAACAUAACAAAAACGGACAAUGUCCAACGUUAUUAAGAAGGUGAUUCCCAUGCUGGACCGCAUUCUCAUCCAGCGCUUCGAGGUGAAGACGACCACCGCGGGCGGCAUCCUGCUGCCCGAGGAGUCUGUGCCCAAGGAGAUGCAGGGCGUGGUGGUGGCCGUCGGACCCGGGGCCCGCAAUCCUGCCGGAUCUGGCCACUUGUCCGUGGGCGUCAAGGAGGGCGAUCGCGUGCUGCUGCCCAAGUACGGAGGCACCAAGGUCGACAUGGACGACAAGCGCGAGUAUGUUCUGUUCAAGGAGAGCGACAUCCUGGCCAAGCUGGAGUAGAGUUGCCAACAAGCAGAUGGGAUAUUUCCUGCCACACAUCCUACAUAAAGCACCCCACAAACCCCAACACGAUAAUGCUGCCAUAACCCUCGUCACUUCUCACCACCACUGACCGACAAUAUUGUUACUUCCACUUCAUCCCGGCGCAGACUUUGUAUUUUGCUUCCGGAUUGCGUUCGAAACUAAAUGAUUAUAAUGAAAUGUUCUAUUUGGUAGCUUGCCAAUGUACACUACACUUAUCAUCCGACUACCACGAAGAAUCAUGUCGCGAAUGCUCCAAUACCGACUUCCGCACACUCAAUACCAUUUCAUGUAAGGACAGACCAAAUAAACCUAUUGUUCAGGUG